GGUCGCAUGAUUCGCGUCCCUCUUUCUCUUCUCCGUUGUUUCCUUCUCGUGUAAACUCUGAUACUGUACUGUACUAAUAUAAACCGGCGAAUGGACCGGUCGCCGCGGAGGAGCGAACCGAACCGCCGAGUCGACUCCCGAACCGAACCGGGCUUCCGACAACCUCGUCGCCCCCUUCCUAAGGGGGUUACAGCGGGAGGCCCCCCGAAACCCUAGUUCCCAAUUCCCCGCGCUCUCUCCCCCACACCCUAGCCGCCUCCUCCCCUCCCCGAACCAUGAUCAACGGCAUCUCCGUCUCCGUCUCCGACGACGAGGAGGUCGCCGGGAAGAUGCGCGUCCGGAUCCGCCAUAGGCGGAAGAAGCCCGGCCCUCGCCAGGAGCUCCUCGGCCGCGUUGUGCGGAGCGCGAUGCGGUGGUGGAGCCUCCUCCUCGUCCUCCCCGUCCUCUUCCUGCUCUUCUUCGAGACCACGAAGCUCGCGCGGAGGCCCCGCGACGAACCCCGAUCUAUCCCCGUCGCCCUCGCGAGGGACUCGAUCNUCUCGAACCCCAAGGAGGCCCCCUCGGAUCCCAAUGCCGCAGUGCGGAAGUCGAUUGGAAACCUAAAUCGGCUCGAUCGCACCACCAGAGUCGUCAAUGGCGUCAGAGAGCCUUGUCUGAAAAUUCGUAGUCCUAAAGAAAUAGCCAGUCUGGAAUUCCCUAGUUCUGCAGAACCCAAAUAUACUGUCAAGAAUGUUGUAUACAAAUCAGAUAAUAAUAAUGAAUCCCACGUCGAAGGCGACUCUAUUCAGUCGUUGCAGAACAAAGAAGCUACAAGAUUUAAUUUAUUUACUGGAUAUCAGACGCUUCGCGAACGAGAAGAAACUUUCAAGGUGCAGGAAACUGCUGCUGUGCAUUGUGGCUUCUACAGUGAGAAGGGAGGGUUUAAAAUUUCUGAGGAUGACAGGAAUUACAUGAAAACUUGCAAAGCUGUUGUAUCAACAUGCGCAUUUGGUGGCGGUGACGAUCUUUAUCAGCCUAUUGGGAUGACAGAGGCAUCCAUUUAUAAGGUUUGCUAUGUAGCAUUCUGGGAUGAAAUCACUCGCACAGCUCAGGAAGCAGAAGGAAAACAAAUUGGCGAAAAUCAUAUGAUUGGUAGAUGGCGCAUCGUUAUUGUUAAAAAUCUUCCUUUUUCAGAUCAACGGUUAAAUGGGAAAAUACCCAAGAUGUUGGGUCAUCGUCUAUUUCCUGAAGCAAGGUAUUCAAUCUGGGUGGACUCAAAAUCUCAGUUCCGGAGGGAUCCAAUUGGUGUAAUGGAUGCACUUCUUUGGCGUACAAAUUCUACCCUUGCUAUCUCUGAGCACGGAGCACGAAGUAACCUGUAUGAUGAAGGGAAAGCGAUUAUCUCAAAGCACAAAGCAACUCCAGAAGAAGUGGAGGAGCAAUUAAACCAGUAUCGUAAAGAUGGAAUUCCUGGAAACAAAAGGUUCAACGGAAAGAAAGCUCUAGCCGAAGCCUCUGUGAUUGUGAGGGAGCACACACCAUCCACAAAUCUUUUCAUGUGUCUUUGGUUCAAUGAGGUGGUUCGGUUCACAUCUCGGGAUCAGCUGAGUUUUCCGUACGUAAUGCGGCGUCUAAAGAUUCCCGGAGUGAACAUGUUUUCGGUAUGUACUCGUAAAGAUCUUGUGAAUAGUAUGGGCCAUAAACACACGGUUAAACCUCUUCUAAGACAAACUAGUUGAGGAGUACAAAUUGUAUCUCUUCAAGCUAAUUCCCUAUUCAUUGCCAGGUAACUCCAUUAAACAAUCGAUUUGUUCUUACAUAUAGAUGAUCUGUGAAGUAUGUAUAGUUGAUGAGGGUAAAUAUUGUCCUUGAAAUAAAAUUUUAAACCCUUUUUAGUUUUAGGAUGUCUCAGUAGAGUUAGUUGUUGCUGAUCUGACAAAGUCAGACGCAGAGAGAAUAGUUUUUGGAUCUACUCGACAUGUAAAACGUAGAAAAUACACUUGUUAUAUGUUUCCCCUUUUCCCUCUCAUUUUUUACUUCCUUUUUUUUUCUUCUUCUUUUUUUUUGCUGAAUACAAGUUUUCUCCUCCCGGUUCGCUAGGCCAACAAACUCACCAAAGUUGGUGAAGUAUCUUUUCUUUUAUUAACGUAAUGAUAUUUGACAUUGCAA